AUCGUAACGGCAAAAUAAAAAGGUUUGGAUCGAAAAACAAACAGAUUGUUAAUGAUUUCGCUUUACACGAUGAAGUUUCUCACAGUUCUUCUUAUGGUCACCGCAGUAAAGCUAGAAGGAAUCGAUGUCCAGUGGAGGAAAAUAGAUGAGCUGAAGCAGUCGCUUGCAGGUUAUAACAAAUCAGCAGAGAAACUUUUUCUGAUGACAAUCCAUGCCAUGUUCGACACCAAGGCAAAAGCAGCGCAGUUCAUCGACCAGCUUACAAACAGUUAUAUCCUGACAACUUCGAAACUGAACGAGACAGCUUGUUAUAGAUCUAUUUUUGAUCUGAAGCGUUUGCAGAGGUCGUUUCAGUCGGAACUCCUCAGAUCGCAGGUACCUUUGGAAAACCUCCUCAUAGAGUUGAGGGGAAAGUUGGACGGGAUCAACAAUACCAUCAACAUGUGCCAGGAUCUCGCUGAGAGCAAAUAUUCGAUUUGCAAAGUUAUGAAUAAAACCGAAGGCUGUGAGGGGGAUACGAAUGCUUGGCUGGAAGAGAUCUUGAGUAGAGUCCGUUGCCAGUUCUCUCAACCUUGCAGCGACCACCAUAUGACCAAGCGCUCGGCACAUUUCUCCUGUCCUGUUGAUCAAUUUGCUUGUGAUUCUAAAAAAUGUAUCUCGCCCAAGUCAGUCUGCGACGGCAACCCAGACUGCAGCGAUGGAACUGAUGAGGCCAGAUGCUGUCCGCAACAACACCAUUACUUCUACUGCAGGGAAACAGACACUUGCAUUGAGACCUCUAAACUAUGCGACAGUCACAACGAUUGCGGUGAGAGUUCGGACGAACAGCAUUGCGGAAAGCUGUUGAUUAAUAACUGCACUAUUGAAAAUGGUAUGCAUAAAUGCGAUUCUGAUAAAUGUAUAGGAUUGGAUCAAGUGUGCGAUGGGAAACAAGACUGCAUUGACGGUUCGGACGAGAGCGAUGAAUGCGGGGCUGGGCUUUGUCCUGAAGAGUGCACCAAGAAAGGGGGUGCCUGCUUCCACGGCCCGAAGGGGCCAAUCUGCUUCGCUCAGUGUCCUCUGGGCACCUUCGAGUCCCCGGGAGGUUGCACGGCGCACCCUCAGCCUUCCAACCGCACCGUGAUCCAGCUCAUGGAGGAAAUACCAACCAUGGCUUACAAGCAAAACGAAAAGUUCGCCUACCUGAAGAUGAAAGCCUUAUCGACGCUAUCAAGAAUGAUAAGCGAUGUCUUCAAAUGCUUGGAUCCAUAUUAUCCCAUCCUGGCUAAAGUUCUUACCAUUAGUGUCCCUGUUCAGAACCAAACUGUACCCAAUCAGACAGUCCGCAUGGCACAAGAUGAAUCUGAGGAGAAGAAUGAGAGUGAAGGAACAGAUUUAGAAAAUAAACCAGAAUGAUGGAUUAAAUAUAUUAAUCAUUUACAAAUCUAUGUAGUAAAUAAAGUUUCAAUUAUACCUGAAUUUUUAAUAU